GUCAUUUUGACAUUUCAAAGGAUUUUAUAGAACACUACACAUUUGUUGAAACAAAAGUUUGUUUAAUUUAAAAUUAAGAAAUUAACUAAAGUAAAUUAACAAAAAUCGACAAAAUGGGUGAUAAAAAUCAAGACCAAAGUAUUAUGGAUAAAUCCAUGCGUUCAGUAUUCGUGGGCAACAUUCCCUACGAAGCUACUGAAGAAAAGCUUAAAGAAAUUUUCAGUGAAGUUGGUCCAGUGUUAUCCUUAAAACUUGUAUUUGAUCGGGAAAGCGGCAAACCAAAAGGUUAUGGAUUCUGCGAGUACAAAGACCAAGAGACUGCUCUCAGUGCCAUGCGCAACUUGAAUGGCUAUGAAAUUGGAGGUCGUACUCUUCGAGUUGAUAAUGCUUGUACGGAGAAAUCUCGCAUGGAAAUGCAGCAACUGCUGCAGGGUCCUCAAGUGGAAAAUCCUUACGGAGACCAUUGCGAUCCAGAUGAGGCUCCUGAAAUCAUUACAAAAACUGUUGCCUCACUGCCGCCAGAGCAAAUGUAUGAAUUGAUGCGACAAAUGAAACUAUGCAUUCAAAACAAUCCCUCAGAAGCGCGCCAAAUGUUGCUGAUGAACCCACAACUGGCUUAUGCACUGCUCCAGUGCAUGGUCGUGAUGCGCAUUGUGGAUCCUCAAAAUGCCUUGGCGAUGCUGUUCAAGGCUAAUCAAAUGCCGCCAGUUCUGGGCACCAACUCUUUGACAGGACAACCUCAGCAGAUACCUCUCAUGUCUCAAUCACCCCUCAUUUCACAGCAACAACAACAGAAUACGCAGCAGCAAUCUUCGGCUGCAUUAAUGGCUAAUUUUGUCAUGCAGAACCAAGAUGUCGACUUGCGAGCAGUUGACCCUCGAGUUCUUGGCGAUCCUCGCGCCUUAGCCGAUCCACGUGCAAUUCAAGAUACUCGCAACAUCGAUCCCAGAAUGGGUCGCAAUAUGGAUCAAGAUAUGCGUGCUCUACCCAACCCAGUGCCGCCACCUUCAAUUGUUACGAAUCAGCAAAUAGAUCCGCGGGCGCAGAGAAUGCCCCAACCAGUGGCAGCGCCCGUACCGUUCCCAACAGAUCCACGCCAGAGGUCUGGCGAUCCACGAUUACGUCCGGGUAAUCCCGUUCCGACAGUACCCCAACCAGUGGCAGCACCGCAAACUGCCCAACAAAAUUUACAAAGCCGUCUCACUUCAAAUGGAAUUCCUAGCGAUGCCUCCGAUCAGGAGAAGGCUGCUCUUAUUAUGCAAGUUUUGCAAUUGUCUGACGAACAGAUUGCAAUGCUUCCGCCAGAACAACGUGCCAGUAUUUUGGUAUUAAAGGAACAAAUAGCAAAGAGUACACAACGUUAAUUCCAAAAUUAAUAAAAUAAAAACAAAAAACCAUUUUCACUUUAA